AUGGUGAAGUUAUCAGGGCUUCAGAGGGAGGUUCUCGCUCUUUAUAGAAAAUGCUUGAGAGAAAGUAGGAAAAAACCGGCUGUGAGUGGUGUUUCCUAUGAGGAUUCAGUGUAAACUAUUAACCAGAUGAAGGAGUCGAGAAAGCAUUUUGAAGCAUUUGCGAGGUGCGUCAACUACUGAACAAUUACCAUUUUCUACUUUCCUUGUACAGACCUUACUAAUAUUAUUGAUAAAUCCAGACUCGAAUUUGACAAAAGUAUAACUUUAGAUAAGAAGGAUUUCAGUGCGAUUGAGUACCUUCUGAGAAAAGGCCAGCGGCAGGUCGACAUGUAUUCUUCACCCGGUAUUAAAGAUAUUCGGUGAGGGAACUCAUAUGCUUGAUGGAAGAAUUUUACCUUCCAGAUUGGCGGAUCAUGUACGGAGCUUUAUUUGGAAGGGCAGGAGCAGUGGACAUCGGGAAGCUCCCUUAAUUUCUCAGUCUCGACAAUCUCGAAG